AUGAAAAACUUUUUAAUUGCUGCGGAUGCGUUUGACAUUUUGGACUCUGUCGAAAAGGUGCAUGGCGCCUGGUGGGACAUUGCACAUGUGUACCUAUACAUCUGGAUUGGCAGUCUUCACUGCCUUUUCUUCAGCAAUCUCUCCAAAGAGGACAACACUGUGUCUUUUGAAUCGGAGGAGUCAUCGGAAGAGUCAUCAACAUCUACUAAUUCCGAACAGGAAUCUGACUCUACGUCGACCUCCUCAGAAUCUUCAGGUUCUACGGAAGAAUCGGAGUCGAGCUCUUCUUCCGAUUCGUCGGAUAAUUCCUUUCCGAAUACUGUGGUUCGCCAAACAAAUCAAAGCGCAGAGGACCUCGCUUGCUCCUCUUCAAUCAUUAAUCGGCUCAAAUGUGUUGUUUUUGACGUUAAAGUGUGGGCACUUAUAGCCCCUAUCAUGGUGCAGGAUGUUUAUUUUCUCUGCUGGAGGUGCUAUCUUAUGCGCCAGGGUUAUUCAGGGGAGAUUACAAUUAUAUGCUUCAUUACAAAAAAUUUACUUUCGAUUUUGUUCCACAUUUUCUUGGUCUGGGCCCACCUACGAGAACAGUCUGAUGAACCAUCGUUUUCUUCGCAAACUAACCAUUCUCACCCUCACUCAAAUGCUUAA